AUGGCCGACGAGUUCGCCCAGACGCGCGGCGGCGACGAUUUAUUCGACGACGAGAUUGUCCCCGUCCCCGCGGAGGAACAACCCCAGUCCGCGGUGCCAGUCGCUGAGGAGACCGUCGCCGCCCCCGUUGAGCCCGAAGCGCAACCCACUCGCACCGAUACCCCGUCGCGGCCGCGUGGCGGCGCAGCUGGAGGCGAGAGACGGGGCCGGGGCCGAGGCAAAGGGCGCGGACGACGAGGGUCGCGGAACUCCAGUCAACGACGCACCGAGGUGCCGGUAUCGCGGCCAAAGUCGGUCGACGCGACUUCUCACACGGAGAAUAACAACGUCGAAGACUCCACGCCGGAUGCGUCGGGGGAAAAUGCGGAGCAGCGGAGUAAUAACGAGGAUAAUAAUGCGUCCGCGGCGGGGGUCGAUGCUCCUAAAGUGCCGGCCGUGCGUGGAGAUCGCAGCGCCACCGGCGGGAUCAAAAAGCCUAAACUCACCGAGGAAGAGCUCUCGAGGCGCAUCGCAGCUGCCAAGGAGAACGCCGCUAAGAAAGCCGCCGCUCAUGCCCGGGCCGAAGCCGACCAGGCUUCGUUCCUUGAACGCGAAAAGGUCGCCGAGGUGAAGCGAAAGCAAGAACGCCAGAACCGCCGUGUGAUGGACUCCGAACGAGAGCGCAAUCGCCUACGGAAGCUGCAGGCCCUGAAUGGGCGGGAAUGGGAUUCCCAAAAGCAGGACGAACCGGAGAGUGGGCGCGGCGGACGAGGCCGAUUCCGAGGCAUGCACGGCGGCGUCUCGGGCUACGCACGUCGAGACUUUGAGGGAGCGCAAGCGGACGAACCGUCGCAUUCUGACAAUAACCCCAACUAUCGCGGUCGGGGUCGUGGCGGUCGAGGUGGUCGCGGACGCGGAAACGGCCGUGGAGGGCGAGCGAACGACGGACCGGCACCGGAACCCAAACCGACUUCAUCUCCGCCAGUGAUCAACAACGACAACGACUUCCCUGCUCUACCGGGCAGCGACAAGAAGGAGAGCGCCCCGGCGACAAACCCCGCCGUCGAGGCGGCCAAGAUCGAGGUGUCCAUAUCGCCCAUAUCAGCGACUGGGGCCUCUUGGGCCGAGCAAGUUGAAUCGGCUGACUAG